AUGCAGUUUUCUACUAUCAUCUUCGCUCUUUUUGCAAGCGUAGCUUUUGCUAGUCCUGCUGCUAUCGAAGCUCGCCAGAGCACGAUUCAGUGCAAUGAAUGCCGCAAAGAAUGCUUUUUCAUCCCCGGAAGCGAAGCUAAUUUCAAGAAAUGCUUGGAUAGAUGCAAUAAAGACAUUGGAUGCAACCUCACCCCAUAA